AUGUCAAUGGGAGUUGGUGAUAUAAUAAUUGCAAGCCGUAAAAAUGAACUCGAUCUUAGUAUGAAUGCUCACAGUCCACAAUCAAGAGGGGGCUGGAGUUAUCCAGCAAAAGUCAUCACUUGUGUUUUAAUGGUUCCAGUAAAUGGCUAUGUCAAUCCUGAUGAAUAUUUUGUAAGACCAUUUAGUACUGGAGUUUGGAUGUGCGUUGGACUAUUUUUGGUUUAUGUCACAGUAAUGAAAGUCUUGCUUAACAAAUGUCGCCAGAAGAAUCCCGAAUACUGGCAUAGUUUCAGUGAAGCUUAUUCAGCAAUCUUGAUGUUAGGCCCAGAAAAAACGGUUACAACAAAUUAUAGUUUUCAUAUUCAGGUUUUCCUGUUCACCUUCUUGAUUGGAAGCAUUUAUGUGAUCUAUUUCACCUCCUUUAUGACAGCUUUUAUACGAAUCAAACAAUACGAUACCAUUGAAGAUCUAAUUGAUAAUAAAGUCCCAAUAAUGCUACCAAAAUACGAUUAUAACUUAAUUUUGAAAACUAGUGUAUAUCCGAAGAAAUUUACAGAAUUAUUUUUACCAGUUGAUUUAAAAAUGUAUACUCACCACCUCUAUUCAUUGCAUAGUAUAAACUUUGCCUUUGUUGUUGGCGAGGAUAGAAUGGAUUUUUUUAAUACAGUCGAACGGACUUUAAAGGAGCCUUUAUUUCGCAAAGCUAGAGAAAAAUUGAAUUUCUAUUUCCUUAGCUAUAUAAUGCCUCCGAAUUCAGUAUUCGAAGAUAUUUUGAAUGAUUGCAUUAUGAGAGUACAAGAUGCGGGAUUAAUACAGAAAUGGGAUUCGGAUUUUACUUUUAAUGCUAUGGUGCAUCUAAAACUUUUUUGGAAGGAUCAUUUUUUUACAGGCAUCGAGCAUGUUGCAUUGAAUAUUGGGCAUUUUAAAUUUGCUUGGACUGGAUUGGCUGUUGGAUUGAUAUUGUCAACUUUGGUGUUUUUAUGGGAAUAUUUUGAAGCUAAGAGGCAACCCCCAGCAUCCCAUUUUGAGCCCAUCAAACCCAGACCCAGCCAGCAGCAGCAGCAGCAGCAUAAUCAUGCUAAUGCUGUUUCACAUCGCAACCAAACUAACCACAAAACCCAUGACAACUGCCUGGAACUGAUGCUACUGUUUGAUUACUCUCGCAUAACCUAUCAUCAGCAUUAUCCUCAUCCUCAUCAUUCCGCUAAAGACAAGUACGGCGGCGCUGCUAUCGUUUGUACCUGA